GUUUUACUCUGGUUGCUGGAGGUGCUCAUGACUAGGUGAUUUUUUCGCAGCGCACCCUUCAGGUCCACAAAUCAGGGUUUGCUGGUCUCGAGGCUCGUCUUAAACCCUCCUCUUCACAGCGGCGGCCUACUUGUAGUCACUGGUCCUGGAACUCGUGCAUUUUUGCAGGUGGGAUUUUGCAUAAUUGACCUCCGUUGUCGAUCUCAAAGCUCUGAGCUAUGGCGUCCGCCGCCGAGGAGUUGGCGUCUGUGGUCGAGAAGGUAGACGUGUGCUCAGAAGAGAAGGCUGAUGAGAAGAAGGGAGAAGAGACUGCGGAGAUGACAUUAGAAGAAAAGCUGAAGCUGGUGUUGAGCGUCGGGGAGAAUAACAAGUGCAUUCCCGAAGAGAAUGACUUCGCAGAGCUGCGCAAUCUGUUGGCCAAGAAGAAAGAUCCCGUUUGUUACGAUGGAUUUGAGCCGUCAGGGCGGAUGCAUAUUGCCCAGGGGAUCAUGAAGGUGAUCAAUGUCAACAAGUUGACCAAGUCAGGGUGUGUUUUCAAGUUUUGGAUUGCGGAUUGGUUCGCGCAGCUCAACAACAAGAUGGGUGGAGAUUUGAAGAAGAUCCAGACCGUGGGACGUUACAUGAUUGAGGUGUGGAAGGCUGCGGGCAUGGAUUUGGAGAGAGUGGAGUUUUUGUGGUCUUCGGAUGAGAUUAAUGGGAGAGCCUCCGAGUACUGGCCUCUUGUCAUGGAUAUUGCCCGCCGCAACACAUUGAACAGGAUUACCAGGUGUUGUACCAUCAUGGGUCGCAAAGAAGGAGACGAAAUGUCUGCUGGGCAAAUUUUCUACCCGUGUAUGCAAUGUGCAGACAUUUUUUUCCUCAAGGCCGACAUUUGCCAACUCGGCAAUGAUCAAGUUAGAGUGAACGUUCUCGCCCGAGAAUACUGCGACCAAAUUAAGCGGAAACUUAAACCCAUCAUUCUCUCACAUCAUAUGCUUCCUGGUUUAUUGGCUGGUCAGGAAAAGAUGUCCAAGAGUGACCCAAACUCGGCUAUCUUCAUGGAGGAUGAUGAGGCGGAAGUGAAGAAGAAGAUAAAGCAAGCUUACUGCCCACCCCAGGAAGUUGCAGGAAAUCCAUGCAUUGAGUACGUCCAGUACAUUAUCUUGCCAUGGUUCAACCAGUUUGAAGUCCAACGUGCUGAGAACAACGGUGGCAAUAAAACUUACACUGAUAUUGAAGAAUUGAAAAAAGACUACGCCGAAGGCUCACUGCAUCCUGCUGAUUUGAAACCUGCGCUCUCGUCAGGAAUAAACAAGAUUCUGCAGCCUGUGCGCGACCAUUUCAAAAACGAUCCUAAAGCGAGAGACUUAUUGAAAACAGUGAGGAGCUACAAGGUUACAAGGUAACGCACCUCACGAUUUCCUAAAGAUGGCGCGAUUGGUUGCUUUGUUGCCUAGCUAUUCGAUCAUCUAAUUCUGCGGAAGUGGUCCUGGCCCUGGUUUGAGCUCCUGACGGAACACAUACGGCAAGUAUCAGUUCUUUCUGAAGAAUCUGUAGACCCUUGUUUAUGAGUUAGCAAUUAUGAUGACCAUGUAUUCACUUCGAGUGCAUUCUUUGUAAUGGAUAUUUGGAAGUUGUCUGAGCGGAA